UAUACUAGACGCGACACAUUUGUAGUAAAAAGCCUAGUAGGCGUAAUUGAUUCAACGAAAAUUAAGAAAACAAAAUGUCAAAAUAGAAAAUGGCUGUCAAUUUAAAAGUCAAGUAAACAAGGUAAACACAAAGCUUUAUUGAGCAUUUAAUUAAAUUUAAAUCAUGAGCAGCCGCAAUCCUAAUACUUUAAUGAGUGUGCCGGACGAGCAAUUUGACUAUUUGUUCAAAAUAGUACUCAUUGGUGAUUGCGGAACCGGAAAAACAUGCAUUGUGCAACGGUUGAAAUCUGGUAACUUCAUAGAAAGGCACGGAAAUACAAUAGGCGUAGACUUUUCAAUGAAAACAUUGAUAGUGGAUGGGAAGAAAGUCAAGCUUCAGAUAUGGGACACUGCGGGGCAGGAGCGCUUCAGAACUAUCACACAGAGUUACUACCGCUCUGCAAACGGUGUAAUAAUUGUGUAUGACAUCACAAAACGAUCAACAUUUUUGUCGCUACAAAAAUGGAUUGAAGAAGUUAGAAGGUACACAUCAUCCAAUGUGAUAGUGUCACUGAUCGGUAACAAAUGUGAUUUGACUGAUCAGCGAGAAGUUGAGCCAGAUGAGCCUCAGUCAUUUUGCCGUUACGUACCAGAAAUAAUGUUCGUGAUGGAGACCUCUGCGAAGGACAACACUAAUGUUGAAGACACAUUCCGCAGUUUGGCUACAGAAUUAAAGAGACAACACGACAACAGUGAGGGUCCCCCCGCGGACUCGGACGCAGUGGUCCUUGGCGAAAGUCACUCAGUAACACGGUGUCAACCCUGCAGGUCAUCCUAGAUCUAUAGCAAGUCCUACGAGUAGAUAACCUAGACCAAAUGUUCAUCGUGGCCCUUGCAUGAUGCGUGAGAUGUGAGGUAACUGUUGAAUGAGGUAGUUAUGCGAAAAUGUUCCUUUUGAUAGUCUUAUUUAGGUUGUUUAUCGUAUAUCAACAAUAUUUAGGGAUUUUAAAGUUCAAUUCACUGUUAUUGUACAAUGACCCUUAUUGUGAUCCUUUGUAUCGACAAUUAAGAUCUUCGUUGCCAUGAGUUUCAAUUAAUCAAACUGGAAAACUCUUUUUUAAUUGUUAUCCUUUUCGACAAGGUUUUUAAGAAACUCAGGUCCCUUCCACGUGGAACUACAUUUUUCAGAAACCCAUUCUAUUAUGGAAUAGAAUGGGUUUCUAAAAAAUUUGGUUGUCAUUUGAAUAAAUGAAUAGAAUGGUUUGUGGGUUGAAAUUGGAACGUUUUUGCCUAACUACAUCCAUUUUAUUUUGCCAUGUCAGUUACUUAGCUUCGAACUAGAAGUUCUUGUCACAAACAUAGGUUUCUCUUUUUUUGUUUUAGUAGGUAUCGUGCUACAUUGACCAGUGAUAUAAAAACUAUACAACCCCUUACUAUUGUAAGCUAUACCACUCGUCUCCUAAUUAGUCUUACGUAACCUGAAUAAAUAAUUAACUAUACCGUCUAAUAACACAGUACUGGAUUUACUACAGAGUGAAUAAUGAACUCUAUUCAUAUGUAAAUUAGCAUGGAUUUACAAUGUCAAAUAUCGGACAAGACCAAAAUAUGGUAAUCCAGUAAUCCUAUUAUGUAAAUCUGCCCAAAUCAUUCUGAAAUCAUAAUAAAUCUGCAAAAUGCAGAUUUAUCGAAUGAUAAUAAAUCACAUGACUUAAUUUUCGAUGUCUAUCAGCAUCUCUGGCCGUAUAAUUAAGUAUCUUAACUAACGAAAAAUAAAAUGCAAUAUUCAAUGUCAUUUUAAAAUCUUCUCUGCUAUUUUUGAACUCGAAUCGUAAGGGGAUUACCCUUAUCCGUAUUUCAGUUAUCACCAAAAUACCAUGAGUUAAUCCUAAUUUUGAUAAAUGUACGGAUUAACAAUUAAUACAUUGAAUGCGUUUUAAUGCAAUGAUCAUAUUUUAUGUCACUCUUAAGACCUCUUUCAUCAAUUUUUGCUAGUCUAGUUGCCGACCAAGGGUUUGAUAAUGAAGUCUCAUGGGGAUUUUCGGUUCUAAAUUCUAAUUAUGUAUUAGCACAGAGUCUAGAACUGCAUCCGUUUAACCAUACGGAGAUACAACCGUAGAUUCCCCCCUUAUUACAUGGGAUUUAUAAGUAAUAUGUGACCUCCUGACUUUGUAUUGAGAGACUAAUGACAGUUUUCACCAUCCACCUCUAAACCAUCUAUUAACUAAUAGUUACUUAAACUACCUAUACUGUAAGAGGUGGGUGAAAACCAAAAUGUCUAAGUAUCACCUAUCUUAGUUCAGAACUUCUUUAAUUUUAAAAGACAGUGAUAACAUGCAAUAAGGUCCUAUUUUGUGUCAACACUGAUCGCUUCCUGUCUGUCUGUAUUGCCCUAUAUUUCAUAAAAAAUGUAUUAAAUAUUAGUUAUCAUAGUAAAUUAUAUUCAUUAGAAUGUUUCUCUCAAUUUUGCAACAUAUCUACUAAUAUUUUGCUGUUCUUUCUAUGUGUAUAUCGAUAUGUAGAAUAGAUAACUCAUUCACCUCAAUAUUAAAUGGCCUAGUAAUAAUUUCGAAGUAAAUUAGCUCUUAUUACUACGACGUAAUGUUCAAAACUCAUUGUUUUCUUGUAUCUCAGUAGCCAGGCAUCUUAUUGAAAGAUCUUUUUUAUUUUUAGUUUUCUAAAGAGAUUAGUAAGUUACGAAAUCAUUUCGUAUAUUCUUAUACAGAGUGUUUGAGUAAACGAGAGAUAUCUUUUAUGGAAUUUUUACUUUUUAGUAUUCGAUUUUUUAUUCCAUAUAAGGGUGUUUUUAUUUUUUUAAUCUUUUUUUCGACUCUUGGGAAUUUUCUCGGACGUUUUUUUUUAACUUUGUGUCUGGUAUAUUUUUAUAUGGUUUUUAUUUUCUUUUUUGUUUCUAGUGUGUAUUAGAAAUUGGUUCGAUGACGUCUCUCAUUUAACCGAACACCAAAUACAUAACGAUUUUAUGUAAAUUGUAAUUAAUUGGUUAUAGAUAAUGUAAAUGUGGCUUUAAGUUAUAAUUAAGGUUAAAAUUUAAAGGUAAGUUGAUAUCAUUGGUUUCCUUUUAGUGCUAUGAAAUUUAUUAAUAAUCAGUUUCGAAGUUGUAAAUAAUUAAUUGUAGAUAAUUAUUGUAAUGAUCAAACCACCUGCUCGAGACUGAUUUGAGCCAUAACCUAAGUAUUGAAUGUUAAACAAAGACCAUAGUCUCUAUAAAUCGUUAAUAUUUUAUUAAAAUGUCCAAUGACCAAUAGAAAUGGCGUAAAAAUCUGUUGCUUUCUUUAAGAAAGUUCAAUAUAUUCGUUAAAUUUUAAAUUUCGAAUAUUGUAGUGAUAUUUUAAUUCAUCUACUUACAUUUCUUGUGUAUCUGUGUAUAAUGGAAUUGUAGAUUUGACGUCCAAUUAAGUUAGAAACAUACUACGCACGCGCUCGUUAAUUGGCAAAUAAAACAGCCAAUCACGAUACGAUAAUAAAGUGACCAAUCAACGUGGGUUGCGUUUCGAGCAUGUUUCUGGCUUUAUGCAAUUUAGUACUAAUACAGGUUGAUUUAAAAAUCCAUUGUAAUAUCGGACUUAUGCAUGUUGGUUUAUGGUGCAUUUUAAAAUGAACGCUGUAUUUAUAAAUGUAUGUAUCUAUAAAUAUUAUAGUAACUAUACCUUAAUAACAUAUUAUACUGUAGUUGACAUUUCUGUUAAUCUCAUAUUAAUUGGAGUAUAACUUAAAGAGAGAAUAAUUGUUAUUAUUAUUAUUCAUUGAUUAGAAUUAUCCUCAUCACCUUAAUUAAUGGUGGUUUAUUAUAAGUUAGGUAGAAAAAUUAUAUUUUCGUCAAAUUAUUAGUCGUGUCAUAAGAAUCUCUAAUUUAAUUUUGUAUAACGUAUUAUUUUUUAUAAUAAUAAUAAUUAUUAAAUUAACAUGCAACUAAAAAGAUGUAAAAGUAAAACGACAGAUUAUACUAAAAAUAAUUUUAUUUGUAAACUUUACUCAGUGCUAUAAUAAUAAUUAUCUCAAUCAUAUUUUAAUUUUGACAUACAGGAUGUUCGAUAUUGAAAUGAAUUGUUAUAAUUUUAAUACAUCUGUUAAAAAAAGUUAA